AUGCGAACAGUUACGACCGCAAACGAAUGGAGCGCCCUCGCAGAGAGGCUUGAGAAAUCGUUUACUGACCUGAACCACGCACCGACCAGUGCGAAUCUUGUUCAAGCAUCACGCAACGUUGUUGAGCUAAUUGACAAACUUAAUAUAGGCGUACUGAAACUAGCAAAGGGAGACAUUACAGGAAACAUUAAGAAAGUAGAGCCAGUUGACGGUCUUCUUGAACAGACCAUUCCAGACAACAAAAAACUGGCUACGGGUGCUCUUUGGCUGUCUCGUACAUUUAGUUUCGUUUCAACGCUCAUGUGUCUAGUUGUGGAUCCUAGCUAUGCAUACGAGGAGCCUAGCAAGUUGGCGAAGUUAGCAUACGAACAAACAUUGAGGAAUUAUCACAAUACGGUUACUAGUGGUAUUUUCAACAUGGGGUUCAAAUCUCUCCCAAAGCGCAAGGAGUUUGAGGAGAAGAUAGGCUUGAGUAUAUCUGAGGUAAGUGGCCACAUCUAUAGGUUUAGCGAAGAAGUCACGUGUUUUGCAAGGCUUAUAGAUCAAUACUACUGA